AUGUCGACCGCUAGUGUGACUAUUGAUGCCUACGCCAUCCUGGGGGUUGGACGAGAUGCCAGUAUCCAGGACAUCAACUUUGCCUACAAGCGGCUUGCCUUGAAGUUCCACCCGGACAAGGCUGGAGAUACUGCUGCAGCCGUUGAGCGAUUCAGAAAAAUUAAAGAUGCCGUCGAGGUUCUCCGUGACGAAGGCCAUCCCGAGGAUGACCCAGGAACUUGGGCCUACAGGCCCACUUACAACCGUCCAUCAAAGCGAGAACGCCACGGAUUUGAUUACAACUAUUGGCCGGGCCAAUUUACCGAGUCAGCACGCCAGUACAGCCCUAGCUACUACUACAGCUACGGAACUAGUGUGCACAUGGACCCAGAGUCCUCCGAAUCCAAAGCAAAACGUGCGCAAUUCCAGGCAGACAAUGUUCAGUGGGAAAAAGAAUGGGCUGGAGUUGAUACAGAAGUGCAGAAGGCACGCGCAAAGUUCCGCAAGGAAAGAAUGCGGGCUCGAAUGAAGCGUGAUCUAGCAGACAUGGCAAAAGAUACAGGUGAAGAUACCAAACAUGCUGAUAUUCUUGAUGACGUCGCCGAAGGAGUUUUAGAGGACCUUGACUUUGGCUAUGGCCACAAGUUCAAAGAUUUCGUCCUGCCUGAGGAGGAUAUCAAGACGUGCAACCCUUCUGACACCUUUGACAAAUUUGCCUAUGAAUACGCCAAGGAGUUCCGCCACGAUGGCGAGCGUCCGAUUUAUUCUGAUUGCGCUUCCUCUCACUCUACUGCUAGCAACAAUUUCUCCGCUGACUUCUCAACAAGUAGCAACUCCCCCAGCUACACUGGUUCAGCCCACGAAUACUGGACUUUCAAGUCCACUACCGAGGGUCGAAGUGCAAACUCCACCAACUACGCCGGUUUAGCUAACGAGUACUGGUCCUUCAACCUCACCGUCGAGGAUUCAAGUCCCAACCCCACCAAUUACGCUCAUUCAACCAACAAGCACUCGAAUUUCAAGCCUACUGCCAAGUAUUCAAGUGGGAACACCACCGACGACACUCACUCAGCCAGCAACCACUCCACUUUCAAGCCCGCCGCUGAGGGUUCCAAAUCUACUACCGCCAAUGCUGAUGCUGAUACUGAUGCUGAAGCUGAAAAACUGAUCAACUCCUACAUGGUGGGCCAUGAUUCGUUGCGACCUCUAACCCCAUUCUUCAAGCGAAAGCUCGCCGAUCCCCAUGGACGCUACACCAUCGAUGACCUUGCUGGCGAGCUUAAUGGCCUAAUGCUGGAGAGCUAUUGUGGCUGGUUGGAAGAUGUUCGUCUUUCAAUCCCAAAUGCAUCGCCUAUGAAAGUUCGAACUAGUCCAAGCCUUUGCUCUCAUCUCGGGUAUUGGUACAAGGAGUUCUGCCGUCCCAUUUGCGAUGCUUGUAACAUGUGGAUGCCCACAUUCAUCCUUACUUGCCCGGGCUGCGGUGUGAAAGCUUGUGUCCGAUGUAAAUUCGCCGAUUGUGGCCAGCAGUGA